CCCGGGUAACAAGUCCGUGUUCGACCACUUGUUCCCUCUCUUCUGCAGCUCUGCUGGUCUCUAGAGAAGCCGGCAAAAAUGUCGGACAAGACCUGCACCAUCCGCACGCGCAAGUUCAUGACCAACAGGCUGCUGCAGCGGCGGCAAUUCAUUAUUGACGUGCUGCACCCUGGCCGGCCGAACGUCUCCAAGUCUGAGCUGGCGGAGAAGCUGACUUCUAUGUACGAUGUCAAGGACAGCCAGUGCAUCUUCCUGUUCGGCUUCCGCACCCAGUUCGGUGGUGGCAAGUCCACCGGCUUUGGCCUCAUCUACGAUGACCUGAAGGCCGCCAAGCAGUUCGAGCCCAAGUACCGCCUCAUCAGGAACGGCCUGGAGAAGAAGGUGGACAGGUCGCGCAAGCAGAUGAAGGAGCGCCGGAAGCGCGCCAAGAAGGUCCGCGGCGCCAAGAAGAACGCCGGCGCUGGCAAGAAGUAAACAGCGUCGUCUGCGUACUCGGCUAUGGUGGUGUAACACUCUUGCGAUUGAA